UACCGGAAAUAAGAUGAACAGCGCAGCAGAACAUGACAAUUAUUUCAUUUCAGAUUUUGUACUCUGAUGUACACGGUACAAAUGCUCUAAUUUGUAAGUUGAAAAUAUGAAAUCAAAACUACAAAGGCUUGUGCUUCUACUGAUGCUAUUUCUUCUGAUCAUUAUCAGCUGUUCAGCAAUAUUUCAAAAAUCAGCCACUAUUAAAAAGCCAAAAAGGAGCAAUAUUGCAAACAAGAAAUCAAAGGCAUUAAACACUCGCAAUCGGAUGCUCAUCAUCAAGUGUUGUGGUGGUUCAUCUUGUGUAAAAGGAUUGCACGAAAAUACAAAAAUUACAGCUGAAAAAUUUCAUUUUUCAACUGAAAAUACUUCCUGGUCACUAGACAAAGUAGCUGCUUUGGAGAUAAAAACCGAUAAGUACUUCGAAAUCAGCAUGAGAAUUACUGAAACAACUGUGCAAGGUGCAGAUGAACCAAAAGUGGAAGAGGUUUCGCAAAAAGUAGAUUCCACUUUAGUAUCAGGAAACUUGGAGAUUUCCCAAACUCCCCAAUAUUCAGAAUCGUUUCCUACUUCAACGACAAUAGAUACCACUACUGUAACAACAUCUGAUCCACCUUACACAGUUUUGCAAGGGUGUAGCGACGUUUGCAAGAAAAAUGAGUCUUUUUUUCUGAGUCAGGGAAGCUUAAUUGAUGCUGAUGAUUAUGGCUACUGGGUUGAAUCGUGCGGCUCGCUAUUUCUUUGGGGAAGUGUAGUGGUGAACUGGCAAGAAAAUGUUGAUCGCUGUUGCAGUAUUGGAAUGACGCCAAUCAUGAUUGAAAAUGACACAAAACGACAGUGUCUGAUUAACUUGGCAAAACCCCCACUUUGGAAAUACAACGCGCACUACUGGACGUCCGGCCGAAGAAUUAGUGCAAACGCCACUUUCCAGUGGUGUCUCUCGAACUCCACUUUCAGCAACGUUUCAAAUAUUUGGCAGUCCGGACAGCCUGACAACACGAACAACACUGAGAACUGCGUACAUUUGAACAUUGACAAAACUAAUGGCAGCGUUGCAACCACGGACAAAAAUUGUUCAAAUUUAUACGUCUUUGGAUGCCAAGGAUCAACAACACCUGCACCUCCGUGCUUCAAGCCGCAGUGUGUUAAUUUCGUUUGUGAAAAGAAUCCCUCAUACUUCUACACCCUGCCUGAUGGAAAGACGAUGCUCCUUACAAAACCAUCAGAUCAUGGAUAUUGGUACACAGUAAAUGGGAGAACGUACUUGUUCAGCACAGUGCAAAAAUCAUGGCUGGAUGCUCAGAAAGAGUGUUGUUCCAUUGGAAUGAAAUUACUCAGCAUCGAAUAUGAAUACGAAUACGCCAGCUUGAUUGCAGCCGCCAAAAAUUUGACCAACGCUGUGGGUAUCUUUUGGACGUCUGGAACAGAUGAGGGGUGCGAAGGUAAAUUUGGAUGGUGCGCCGUAAACCAACUGGUUCGCGACCAAGAGGCCAAAUGGCAAACUGGCGAGCCCAACAAUUAUGGAAAUAACGAGAAUUGCAUUUACUUGGAUUUGUCACAAACGAGCGCGUUGCUGAUUGACUCCGGUUGUUCUCGGAGCCAAAAGUAUAUUUGUGAAGCGAGGGACACGACGAAAACCUCCUCCAACUCGGAGGCUAUACUUGACGAAUGUGGCGCGGCUUUCAAUGUUUCAAAAGAUGAGACUAAGCUAAUUUUCAAUUCAACGCAGUAUUCACUCAAAAUUAAGUGUUUCUUAAAAUGCGCGGGAGAGAAUGGAGGAUUUAUGCUUAAUGGGAAACUCAUUGACAAAAAGAUUUUGGAGUUGGCAGAGAGCUUGGCCAUCAGCACAACAAGCCUGCAAGAAAACAUGGCCGCAGUUUCGAGUUGCGGAUCAAAGAGAGGAAUGGACGAGUGCGACACGGCCUCAAUUGUGUAUCAGUGCGGAAAAGAAAAAGCGCCGGAGUUGGUAGCAAACAUCAUAAAUACCGUCGAAGCAAACUCGUCUUCGGAAUAUGUGCCUUUGCCAAGUGUAGUGCACAAAUGCCUCACAGAUUAUGAAUGUGUGAUGGACAAACUAUUGCGAGAUGAUUAUGACAACAACAGACCGAUUCCAAACGGAGAGAUUUUCUUUGCUUGUGGCAUCAAAUAUUUGCAUCAACGUAUUUUGCAAACGUAUCAGUCAGCAUCAUCCUUCUGCUGCAAAUACGGCCUGAAAUUAGCCUACUUUGAAAAUAGCACAAAUGUCAACUGCCUUGUUAGCUCUACCAUGAGUUCAGCUGGUCGCGCUGAGCACUCUUGGUUGGCCGCGAGUAGGUUGGGCUCAGGGAAAUUUGGAUGGUGUACAUCAAGCCUGCCGUUCACUGCAAUGAGUGGCUCGAUCGCUGAUGGCUACCCUGAUAGAUCUGCCCUCUCCGAAUGGUUUCUAUUAUCAGUAAAUAUCGGCGCAGACCUUCAAAACUCGCACUUCGCUCAGGAACAACUGUCGAGCAAUUGCUACGCGCUCUGCAGGCCUUGAAUGUAAAAUUGCAUUGAUUUAGAUUUGGCACUGGAAAUUAAUAUGCGAUUUACAAUAAAAUUAAGCUUGA